GUAAAAGUGAAAGAACAUCUUUGCAACGGGUUUCCAUGGGUCCAGGUGGAAGGACUAUAAAUGUAUCCUCAAGGAAAUCCUUUACGGGCAAAAUGCAGGAAAAUGUAAGUCAAGGUGUUGGUGAUGUACACACUUCCAAGAGAGAUUCUUUCAGGAACAAGACCAUGGGUCAAAGCCGUGAUUCUGUUGUUACCAACGACAGGAGGACCAUAAGAACUUCUCUUAUAUCAAAUAGGAAGUCUUUACCGGUGCUAAAGAGGGUGACCCAGGCACAGGCAAAUAUCCAAAAGGAAAAUGCUGAAAGUUCUGACAAGGGCAAAGAAAGAAGUGGAUAUCCAGUUCCUAAAGCUGGCAAGAAAGUAGCAUCCCGGAUAAACAAUAGGAGCCAUCUUUGGCAGAAUCGAAUGAGUGAUGGCUUCCUAAUAAUGGGCAAAACUAAUGUAGAGGCUCACGCAUUGACAAGAAAAUCUGUGAGGCCAACUGUGAAGACCACACUCCAGGCUACCCUAGCUCAAAGGACUUUAAAAUCCAAGAACAUAUUAAAUAUUAACAAGUCAACAUCUGUUGCUGCAAUCUCCUCUAAGAACAAGGAGGAAGCAGUGACAUCUUCUAUUUCUGAGAAUGCUGCAGUUGUGGUUCCAUAUGAAGCUACUCAAGGAAAGCUUCCAUCUGCUGGUGCUGCAGUUGUGGUUCCACAGGAAGUUACUCAAGGACAGCUUCCAUCUGAUGGCAAUGCCAACCCAAGUACUGUAUCAGAUGUCAUUCCCAAGAAAUCGAAACGGAGGAGAUCUUAUACAUCUUUAUUGAUGGCAGGAUCAAAGUUACUGGAGGACUGCGGUGAAGUUAUGAAGCUGGAAAAGCUACCAAAUAUUGAUGACAAUUGCAAUCAACUAGAAGUUGCUGAAUAUGUUGAUGAGAUCUAUCAGUACUAUUGGGUUACAGAGGCACAGAAUCCAUCAAUGGAAAAUUACAUGUCAAUUCAGACAGACAUUACAGCUCAUAUGCGGGGCAUAUUGAUCAAUUGGUUAAUUGAGGUACACUUCAAAUUUGAUUUGAUGCAAGAAACUCUAUAUCUCAUGGUGACAUUGUUAGACAGAUAUCUCUCACAAGCUUCAGUAAAGAAGAAUGAAAUGCAGUUGGUUGGUCUUACUGCACUCUUGCUAGCAUCAAAAUAUGAAGACUUUUGGCAUCCAAGGGUCAAGGAUUUAAUCAGCAUCUCAGCCGAGUCGUACACAAGAGAUCAAAUGCUUGCAAUGGAGAGGCUCAUUCUUAAGCAAUUGAAGUUUCGUCUUAAUGUGGCUACUCCUUAUGUGUUCAUGUUAAGGUUUCUUAAGGCUGCUCAGUCAGACUCAAAGCUUGAACACCUGGCAUUCUACCUCAUUGAGCUCUGCUUAGUUGAACAUGAAUCUCUUAAGUUUAAGCCCUCAUUGCUAUGUGCAUCAGCUCUCUAUGUUGCAAGGUGUACCCUGCACAUGACUCCAGCUUGGACCCCUCUGCUUUGCAAACAUGCACGCUAUGAAGAGUCCCAACUCAGGGAUUGCGCACAGAUGAUCAUAAGAUCCCAUAAAGCUGCUGGAAAAGGACAGUUGAGAGUCUCAUAUGAGAAGUACAUGAGGCCUGAUCUCAGUGGUGCUGCAGCAAUAAAACCUUUAGAUAGGCUUCCUCUUUGAUUUGACUUGUGUGGAUAGCUUCUCUCUGUAAUUAGAUCAGCAAAACCUAAUGAUACUGGAAAAUAUGCAGUUAUGCAGGAAGAUCUACUUAAUUUCAUCCUUGAAGUAUUAUCUCAUAGCAAUUUUACAAAAUUGAGGAAAUAGACCUCCGCUGGUUGUUAAUCUUGGA